ACAGGAUGGAAAAGUUGUAAUUAAUCAGGAAUAAUUGAUAAACAGGUUAAAAUCUAGAAGCUGAUCUAUAUAAAAUAUAAAAUACCAGAAACAGGAUAUCUCACCUUUUCCUCGUCCUCCACGAUCUCCCUGAUAAUUUCCCUAUCUUCUUUGUUGUACACCACUACAAACUGCCACGGUUCUGAAAGUCAAGAGGAGUCUGUAUAAUAUGGUUCAGAUAAAUAAGAGAAGAUGAAGACUAGUUUUAAAAGUUGAUCCAAUUAACUUUACUAUUUCGAUCACAAAUUUUUUCGAUUCUUUUCAAACUCAAUAUUUUGAAAUUUGAGCUAACAACAGCUCACGACUACAUAGUGUUUAGUUGUUAAUGAGGUGGAACGUCUUUUAUCCAGAAUAAAUAGACUACAUCAAACUAGCUAAACGAUCGGGGAAAUGCUAAAUAGGCUCAGAUGUCAUCCUAUUAUCACUACCACUUUAACAUGGUCCAUUAUCAUUACCUGAUUGUAUUGUUUCAGAGGACCCUCAGGACCAGGCUAUUAUUAAUUAACAAGCUUCUCUAUGACAUAAAUACUGCGUUCAGCUUGCGAUCAACGUCAGUUCUUUCAAAUAUUCCUUCGUUUCUUUUUCAAAGUUAACAAUGCGGAGUCUAUCUAUUCUUGUGUUCUUGAUGUUGUGCAAUGUCGCUGUUUCUACAUUUAAGCUGAGUAACAGAGAGAUUGCAAAGGAGUAUCGAGAGGCUUUUAAAAAGUUCAACACAGACCCUCAAAAUGUUCCACAGUUCCAGAGAAUUAAUCUGCCCGAUACAACUAUUGGCCUUGACAAAGCUGCUCGUCGAUCUAGCUACAAGAACUUCAAGAAGUUCGCUGAACAAGUAAACGAGAUAAACCACGACGAUACGUUCACCUUCACUGCAGAAAUCAACAAGUUUAGCAUAGAGCCAGAGAGUGACUUCAAUACCCACUUCGGGAUGAACAUGAGUGCAAGCUUUGACGACGAAAUGUUUGACGACAUGGACUCAGAGGUGCUAAUUGAAGAAAAAAUUCUCGAGAAAAGAGAAGCAGUGGAAUUACCGGAGAGUAUUGACUGGCGUUACACCAUGUCAGAGGUUGCACAUCAGAGAAAUUGUGGCUCCUGUUGGGCCUUCUGCGCGAUCUCUUCCGUCGAGUCAGCGUACUACAGAGCAACAGGACUGAGGAAGAAGUUCAGCUACCAAGAACUAGUGGACUGCGUGUUCGAGGAAAAAAGAUGGGGUAAUGGCUGUAAGGGGGCUUCCAUCAACACGGGGUUCCUCUGGGUGACCAGGCAGAAGCGUCUAGCGUCACGUGAGGACUACAAAUAUGUGGCUAAAGACGGUGAAUGUAGAAAAAACACGACUUUGAACAGCUAUACAAAUGCAGGCCUAAGACGAUUGUAUCGCGUCCCUAAAACUGAAUCAGCUUUGCUGCAAGCAGUGGUCGAGGGAGUAGUCAGUGUGGGAGUCAAGGGCGGACGGUCCCUUCUAGCUUACAAAUCAGGGAUUUAUUACGACCGCUACCUGUGUAGGGCCACCGCAUAUCCUAACCACGCUGUUAACCUAGUCGGAUACGGAGAGGAGGGAGGUAAGAAGUACUGGCUGCUCAGGAACAGUUGGGGUAAAGACUGGGGCGAGGGAGGCUACUAUCGCAUGACACGUGACCAUAAAAACCACUGCAAGAUACAAGAGACGGCACUCAGACUCGACCUACAGUGCUACAACAGGAAGCAGUGCGAGGAACAGAAGAAAGUUAAUGAACUUGAGAAGCAGAUCGAGACAGAGCUCGUUUAAUGUUAGACAUUUUUACUUAGUAAGGGUCUGUCGGAUAUUGAGAGAUCAGUUUUUCUUUAAAUCCUUUUUAUUUACUGUGAUUACGUGUUUUAUAAAUGGAUAUAGUUUGAAUCACGGUGGUCUUUAGUCUUAGCUCAACAGUUAUAAAGCAUUGAAUAUACGUGUCAAUUACUGCUGAUUAAUGAUUUUUAACUGUAUAAACAUUUUGAAUAUGUUAAUGAAAUACUGCUUUCUUACUUGUACUAAAAUUAGAAACCGGGAAUGAAAUACCCGGGUAGUUAGGAAGUACUAGUAUGAGCCCUGCUGAAAAAUACCGGCAACUAGAAAACACUUCUAACAGUUCAUAUAAGGUAUCGGAUAUGGGGAGAAGAACCUGCAGCAGCGCACUUCUCAACCAGCUCGUAGAAAUCGCGUUGUUGCCCGUGCCCGAUGUUGCACGUGCGCCUUACUACACCGUUACUAAGCAACUUCCUAUUUCUCAACCAAUUUGCACGUUCGGGCAUAUUAACGACAGUUCUUUCAAAUCUUUCUUGGUUUCGUUUCCAAAAUUAACAAUGCGGAGUCUAUCUAUUCUUGUGUUCUUGAUGCUGUCCGAUGUCGCUGUUUCUACAUUUAAGCUGAGUAACAGAGAGAUUGCAAAGGAGUAUCGAGAGGCUUUAAAAAAGUUUGCCACAGCCCCUCAAAAUUCCGAAGAACGGAACCUACAGGGUACUUUAACUGGUGUCUCUAGUGACGAUAAAGCUGCUCGUCGAUCUAGCUACAUGAACUUCAAGAAGUUCGCUGAAAAAGUAUACGAGAUAAACCACGACGAUACGUCCACCUUCACUGCAAAAAUCAACAAGUUUAGCAUAGAGCCAGAGAGUGACUUCAAUACCCACUUCGGGAUGAACAUGAGUGCAAGCUUUGACGACGAAAUGUUUGACGACAUGGACUCAGAGGUGCUAAUUGAAGAAAAAAUUCUCGAGAAAAGAGAAGCAGUGGAAUUACCGGAGAGUAUUGACUGGCGUUACACCAUGUCAGAGGUUGCACAUCAGAGAAAUUGUGGCUCCUGUUGGGCCUUCUGCGCGAUCUCUUCCGUCGAGUCAGCGUACUACAGAGCAACAGGACUGAGGAAGAAGUUCAGCUUCCAAGAACUAUUGGACUGCGUGUUCGAGGAAAAACAAUGGGGUAAUGGCUGUAAGGGGGCUUCCAUCAACACGGGGUUCCUCUGGGUGACCAGGGAGAAGCGUCUAGCUUCACGUGAGGACUACAAAUAUGUGGCUAAAGACGGUGAAUGUAAAAAAAACAGUUAUUCGAACAGUUAUACAAAUGCAGGCCUGAAACGAUUGUAUCGCGUCCCUAAAACUGAAAAAGAUUUGAUGGAAGCAGUGGUCGAGGGGGUAGUCGGUGUGGGAAUCAAGGGCGGACGGUCCCUUCUAGCCUACGAUUCAGGGAUUUAUUACGACAAAUACCUGUGUAGGGCCACCGCAUAUCCUAACCACGCUGUUAACCUAGUCGGAUACGGAGAGAAGGGAGGUGAGAAGUACUGGCUGCUCAGGAACAGUUGGGGUAAAGACUGGGGCAUAGAGGGAGGCCACUGGCGCAUGACACGUGACUAUAACAACCACUGCAAGAUACACGAGACGGCACUCAGACUCGACCUACAGUGCAAAGGCAACUUGAAGCAGUGCGAGGAACAGAAGAAAUUUGAUCAAAAGAAAGCUAUUGAAUUUGCAAAGCUGUUUGAGAAAAAGCUCGUUUAGUGUUAACGAUUUUACUUAGACAGUAACUCAACAGUUACAAUGCAUUGAAUACACGACGUGUAAAUAACCACUGAUUGAUGAUUUUAAACUGUAUAAAAAUUUUGAAUAUGUUGAAGAAA